AUGGAGACUUGGAAUGGAGUUAAGGUUGAUAAAUACUCGUCACUUUGUUCCGUCAUGAGAUUAAACAAUUGGUCUGUGCAUUUCUUUGCUGUUGAAGUAGGAGCUAAAGGAUUUUGUUCCGAAACAGUUAGUCUGCCCCGUCGCCUCAGCUUUUCUAACAUGUCUGUGCGUUCCACUCGGAAAUCCCUUACUGAGUCAUCUAUGCGAUCGUCGUUUUACAUCUGGCUAUCUCGAGAUUCUUUGUCUUGGAUUCAUCCUGAAUCACUAGGCAGCAACAGCGGCUUGCUAAAUUUGGGCAACACAUGUUACAUCAAUUCCAUCUUGCAAUGUUUUUAUGUGUUACCUGCAGUCGCCACAGCCAUCUCUGCAAAUGAUUCCAAUAUGCCGAUAGGUAAAAGUUUUGUAAGUAUUCUACGCAAACUAUCCUCCUCCAAGGUUCCAGUGAACACUUCUUCAUUUCUAAAUGCAUUAAAAGGCCAUGUUUCUAAUGCAAGGGGUGCUGCUUUUAAUCCGUUCUCUCAGCAACAUGCCCUAGAGAUUCUUGAGUAUCUCAUACCAGAGUUGUCCUUAGCCUUUCCUUUCUUUGGUAGAUUAUUCAACACUCGUGUGAAAAUCUGCACUACUUGCAGCGCUUGCAAUAAUAUUAGCACCUCUAAGCAAGUAAGUCCAUUUCUUCAACUGCCCUUGACAUUGACUGUACAAUCUUCAAUAGAUAACUUUUUGGAGAGCGAAGAAUUGUCAGGUGUCAACUCGUACUUCUGUCACUACUGCAAUAGUUACCAAACUGCAACAGUUGAAAAAGAGGUCGCAGAGUGCAGUUCAAUUUUGGUUCUGCAAUUAAAGCGCUUUGCCUAUAACAAAGGUCAUGUGUCUAAGGUUUGUUCGCCUGUCACAUCUUACCCGGGCACCGUUUCUAUACCUAUCACUGUAGACAGUGAAGUCUCCUGUCGCAAGCACUACAACUUAAGGGCUGUAAUUAACCACUACGGAAAUUUGUACAAUGGCCAUUACACUACUAUUGCUUAUAACCAAGUGCAUGGUAAGUGGUUUUAUUGCAACGACAGAGCAGUGGUCCCUUGCAAACAAAGCUUGCUUAAUGGUGUACAACCUUACAUCCUUUUCCUUAAAGAGGUUAGGUAAAUUGCAGUCAGCACCACAACUUCCGGCUUAUGUCAGCAAGGGGGUUUGACUAUUCUUUUUUUCUUUUUUUUUUCUUUUUUUUUUGUAGUCUUUGGAGAGUGACGACUCCACUUACUACCCCAGUCAAAAUAAAAUCGAAAAACAAAAAAAAUUACGCCAGCAAGGGGGUUUGACUGUACCAGGUCCUAUCUUUGGAGAGUGACGACUCCACUUAUUACCCCAGUCAAAAAUAAAACAAAAUCAAAUAAAAAUUAAGUUAGCAAGGGGGUUUGAUCAUAGUAGGUCUUGUCUUUGGAGAGUGACGACUCCACUUAUUAUACCAGGUAAAAAAAACAAAAAAAAUAUUGGCAGGGGGGUUUGAUCACACAUGAUCUUGUCUUUGGAGAGUAACGACUCCACUUAUUACAUGAGUUAAAAACAAAGAGUAGCACAGUUGAACAGAAACUUUAUUUACACCCACCGUCCCUGUAGACAAGAUACUUCAGUGCAGCUUGCUGUAUUGUAAACCUUUUAUUGAUGACAGUUGACAAAGAAACUUCAUGUAUCAAUAUUGGAGCUCUUAGGGUCUAGUAAAUUUUUGCCAGCCUGAUAGGGAUGUAUUAUAUCGAACGAAAUUUGACUCGACCCUGCCAUGAUGAUAAAAUGAAAUGAAAUAUAUUUCCAGCCUAAAAUAAAAAAUAAGAUACAAAAUCUACCGUUAGAAAAAUAUCGUUCGUGACAAUAAGAAAGCAAAUAAAUGUUACUUUACUACGGAGGCCAAGGAGUGCCAAUCCGAAUUUCUCGUUAAAUCCGAGUUUCAUGUUAAAUCCGUAUUUCAAAAUUACAGAAUCAACAUUUCAAAGUUCAAAUCCGCAUUUCAAUGAUCAAAUCCGGAUUUCGAAGUUCAAUUCCAUAUUUCAAUGUUUAAAUACAUUUUUUAUAGUAUAAAUCCGCAUUUCAAUGAUCAAAUCCGCAUUUCAAAUUUGCAAUCUUCAUUAAAGUUCAAAUCCGCAUUUCAAAGUUCAAAUCCGCAUUUCAAAGUUCAAAUCCGCAUUUCAAAGUUUAAAUCCGCACUUCAAAGUUCACAUUUUAAAAUCGCUAUAUUAUAAUCAUAUGGCCUAAUGGGGAAGGUGACUGUGAGAUAAUUCAGAAAUGUUUUGCCAUCAUUGCGGAAAAGAAUUAGGAAAGGAUGACUUGUUUUGUGGUAGUUGUGGUACUAUAAGGAAAGGAAAUAAUUGUAUUGAGUCGUGUUCAGAACAGCAGCUUAUAACAACAUGUUUACAACGUGGAAUCCCAUACGAAGAAAUUAUUUAAAUUUUGAAAAAGCAAAAUUCUAUCGUAAUGAGUCUUCGCACAUUUAAAAGACGUUUACAAAGUUGCGAUUUAAGUAAAUCUGAUUACAGUAAAUUCAAUCAACCUAACAAUCUCAUUCAUUCUGAGCUUCAGAAAUCAGGUCCUUCGUCACAAAUUGGUUAUCGUAGUAUAUGGAAUAAACUGAGGACAACGUAUGGGUUAAAUAUUCCACGGGAUACUUUAAUGAACAUACUUAGAGAGCUUGAUCCGGAUGGCUGUAAAAAAGGAAGUGUCGAAGAUUAGACAGGCGAGUUUAUCGUUCUGAUGGACCUACUACUACAUGGUAUACGGACGGGUAUGAUAAACUAAAGCCGUACGGCUUCCUAAUACAUGGCUGUGUAGAUGGGUUUUCCAGAAAUAAUUUGUGGUUAAGGGUAGUAAGGUCAAAUAAUGCUUCAGCUCUACUUGCAAGUCUAUUCAUUCAAGCAAUUCAGACCUUAGAAUAUCGUCCUAAAAGCGUUCAAAUCGACUGUGGUUUUGAGAACGCAAAAUUAGCAGCUUUACAGUGUGCGCUAGCUGACAAAUUAGAAUUUCAUAGCUAUGGCUCAUCUCAUUCAAAUCAACGAAUUGAAAACUUUUGGAGUCAUUUUUGAAGGGGCUACUUAAAUUGGGUAAUAAAUUUUUUCAAAGAAAUAGUAUCAACUAGACGUCUCAAACUAGUCCAUCAUGUUUAUACGGAAUGUUUGCUUUGUGUUCUCGAAAUCUCUGCAACAGGAACUAGACACAAUGUCGGAGGAAUGGAAUAAUCAUCAAAUUAGAGCAUCGAAAUUUGCUCAAGUUUCCGGAAUUCCAGAUCACCUCUUUAAUUUCCCCGAAAUAAAUGGAUUUGAAAGGAUUUGAAAACCAAGGAAUUAAAGUUGAUUGCGAAGACAUUAGGCAUUUAUUAGAAGAGGUUGACAUACAUAAAGAAGCAUUAAAUUUCGACGACCAUUAUUUGCAUACUUCUCGCAUUACAAAGGAAAAUUUGUUAUAUCCAUCAAAGAGUUGGCAAAAUGCUUUACAUAUUUUUUUGUAAUCAUUGAACGCUGUGAAUGUUAAGAAGAUAUUACCUUGUAACGAUAUACUGUUGUUGUUUAGGUGCAUUCACUAGUGAAAUUUGAACAAACCACUUUGGCUGUAAAAAGUAAUUUGUUAGUGGGGUAGAAAAUUAGAACAUACUAAAUUUUUUAUUCCACUUGGAAAUAUUUUUUUCUUUAUCGCAGUGUUUUUAUCCUCUAUCUAUCUGUAUAUAUAUAAAAAAAUAAUAAAAAUAAAAGUAAAGAAUAAACUAAUGUGAGAUAUGCCGUCAUUUUUUUUAAAGUCCAAGGUAAACAAUAUUUACAUUCACUUCUGAGCAAAAGAUUAAAACUAGCUACUAGUUAGGGAAAAAUUUAAACAAAACAAGCAUAACAGAAACGAAUUUUUUAAUCUUAGUUAAAAUUACGUUAACUACCAUGAUAACAUAUUUGUUUAGGCUCAAUCCAUAUAUAACCAAAUAAAAAAGCACUAUAAGUAAAAACUUACCCUAUUAAAAUAUAUCCAAUAUAUAGAUGACAAAAAGAUUUGCAACAAAACAGAAAAAGAAAAUAACAUUUCAGUCCCUAAGAUCUUCCAAAACCAAAGUCCAUUGAAAUUGCACCAAUAAUAUUCUGCCAUCUUUUUCUUCGCAAUCUAUGUGCGUGGGAAAUGUGACAUGUGUGUCCACUUCAGCUUCUCCAAUGAAUAUUAUGUUGUAUAGGCAGCCAGGCUCGUUCCAUUUUUUAUUGAAGAAGGACACAAAAUCAGCAAAACUAUGCUCUUCGUACAUGUAUUGAAAGGUCGGUGUUACGACUGAUCUUUGCUUACUGUAAUGCUGAGUGGAUUUUAAUUAAAACAUCCUCGUCUUUUAAUAUAGGGUUUUCUGUUUGUUCCUCUUCCAUUCCUGUAUUCAAAUUUUGAUUCUCAUCUUCGGAAUAAAAUACUUUCUGUUCUCGUAAUACAUGCAUUUACAUGUUGCUCAAUAGAUGAAGCAGGGUGUUGUUUAUUACAAACUGGGCAUAACACUCCAGCUGUUUACUUCCAUGCAAAAAAUCUGAGAAUAUACUAUCAAUGUUAUCUGAAAUGUUGGGUAAAAGAUCGUCAAACAGAUUUUCAUUACAAGUAUCCACAGAUGGUGAUGCUUGUGUUGAUUUAGUUGGCAACAAUGGUUUAUUUUCAAUUGCGUCGACUACAUUACUUAUAGAUGAUAAACUUUGUUGAGCAUCAUUUACUUUAUCAUCAUAGAAGGAUGCAGCAAGGUGUAAAUAUAGAUCAAUUUUCGAAAAUGGUUUUGCAAGUUCAGUUUUAUACUUUUCCACGGUAAAUAGGACAAUGGAUUCAGGAAUAGUAAUAACUUUUUUUUAGUCAGAAUAUAGCAGAACAUAGGUAUCUAAACCACAAAAAAAUUGGUCAUGGUUCGAAUGUUUAUUAACUGUUUCAGCCAGUACCUUACUAGCAGCAAAUGAUUUUAGUACUUUAACGGGCAGUCUGCUACCUCGUACAAUUGC